CAUUGGUCACCAUUCCCAAACAGGAGACUAUUUGAAUGCACAGUUAGAAUGUUAUUGAAACCUGCAAAAAGAUGAACAAUAUCUUGUUUCUCACACUGGUAUGCUCACUCAUUUUUCUAAACUUCCAAACCUCCCUUUCAACUGACACCUUGAAACCCAACCAAAGCUUUUUGGAUGGCUUCACUUUAGUUUCCUCCAACAAAAGAUUUGAAUUUGGUUUCUUCAGUCCUGGCAAUGGUUCUUCUGGGGAUCGCUAUCUCGGAAUAUGGUAUCACAAUCUGUCUCUCACUGUGGUUUGGGUCGCCAAUCGAAACUACCCAAUUCAUGAUUCAUUUGGAAAGGUAUCAUUAGAUAAAAACGGAGUUUUAACGCUUUAUAACCGCUCAUUGGGUACUGUCUGGUCUACUAAUAACACGCCUAUCGAGAGUAGCUUCACUCCGGUUCUGCAGUUAUUAGAUUCAGGUAAUCUUGUUAUUAGAGAUGAUGGAAGGAACAAAACUAUCCUCUGGGAAAGCUUUGAUUUUCCAGCUGAUACACUUUUACCAGAUUCAAAGCUGGGUUGGAAAUUGGAUGAUGGAUUGCAAAGGUUUAUUAGGUCCUGGAAGAGCAUUGAAGAUCCCUCUGAAGGUGAGUACUGGUUUAGCCUGGAUCCACCCGAAGCACCGCAGUUGGUUCUACGAAGUGGUUCGCGGAAAUUGUUCAGAUGGGGUCCGUUUGAUGGGAUCUGGUUCAGCGGCAGCAGUACUUUGACAGCAAAUCCGUUGUUACAAACUAUGUUUGUUUACAACUCUAAAGAGCUCUACUUCAAAUAUGAGAUCUUGGAUGAGUCUGUUUUAUCUAGAAUUGUGAUUUCACCGACGGGUUCAGUUCAGUAUUUUACAUGGAGAGUUAACAUCAGUAGAGAAUGGAACCUGGUGGUAACAUUCAACAGCGACCCUUGUGAUAACUAUGCAAAUUGUGGGAAUUAUGGGAUCUGUUAUUCGCUAAGUAGUUGCAAGUGUUUGAGUGGGUUUACUCCUGAUUCGCCACGGGAUUGGGGCUUGUUUAGUUAUUCAGGUGGAUGUAGAAGGAAACAUGAACUGAGCUGUGGUCAUGGAGAUGGAUUUGUUAAAUAUGGCGCAUUGAAGUUGCCGGAUAAUCCGAUUGUUUGGGGAAAUGACACGGAUCACGUAUGUGAAGCCAAGUGUUUAAAGAAUUGUAGUUGUAUGGCGUAUGCUAAUGUUGAUGUUUACGGAGAUGGAAGUAGAUGCGUAGUUUGGAUUGGCGAUUUGGUUGAUAUGAAGAACUUUCCUGAUGGCCGGGAGCAGAUUUACAUACGAAUGGCACACGCUGAAUUGCAGUCAAUUGCUGCUGCUAAAAGGAAACGUGUAACCGUAAAGAUCGUUAGUGUAGUAACCGUUAUUGGCAUACUACUUCUAUCCGGUGGUGCCAUAUGGUACCUUGGUUGGCUAGUCCGGCAUAGAAGAGAAGACGAAAUAGGGCGGAGCUCUAAAGCUCAACAAAGCGGGAGCUUUCGAUAUGUCGAAGAUAAUCAAGAUUCCGGAUUUCAACUACCCAUUUACGAUCUUGAAACGAUUGAUCUUGCCUGUAACAACUUUUCGGAAAGAAACAAGAUUGGACAAGGCGGUUUCGGUUCUGUCUACAGGGGUGAAUUAUCAAAUGGUCAAGAGAUAGCAGUAAAAAGGCUUGUAGAAAAGUCGACACAAGGUGUCGAAGAAUUGAAGAAUGAAAUUAUUUUGAUCGCAAAGUUGCAACAUCGCAACCUUGUUAAGCUUUUGGGUUGCUGCAUUGAAGGGGAUGAAACAAUGUUAGUCUACGAGUAUUUGCCCAAUAAAAGUUUAAACAACUUCAUUUAUGAUAAACCUACACGAAAACAACUUACAUGGAAAAAGCGCUACCACAUCAUUAAGGGUAUUGCACGAGGUUUACUUUAUCUUCAUCAAGACUCAAGGUUGCGAAUCAUCCAUAGAGAUCUCAAAACUAGUAACAUCUUACUAGAUAGCGAGUUGAAUCCAAAAAUUUCGGACUUUGGCAUUGCUCGUAUAUUUGGAACAGAUCAAAUGCAAGAAAUGACAAAGAGAAUCAUAGGAACAUACGGCUACAUGUCUCCAGAAUACGCAAUGACUGGCCAUUAUUCUGUGAAAUCAGAUGUUUACAGCUUCGGUGUCAUCGUGUUGGAAAUUAUAAGUGGCUAUAAGAACUGGGCAUUUCACCAUCCUGAUCAUGAUUUUAACCUUUUAGGGCAUGCAUGGAUGCUUUGGAACAGACGACAACCAUUGGAGACACUUGACCCUGUUGUACAAGAUCCAUCUUUUGAGAAUCAAAUCAUACGAUGUAUUCAUGUUGCUCUUUUGUGUGUGCAACAAUAUCCAGAAGACAGGCCGAAAAUGUCUACGGUAUACGCCAUGUUAAGUUAUGAUAACAUUGAGCUACCCGAACCUAAGGAACCAGGUUUUUGCAGAGAAAGUUAUACAAAGAAGCUUGAUACAUCAGCUAUUGAUUUAAGUACUGUUAAUGAAGUAACUAUGACCACAUUGGGUGGACGUUAAAGUUGAUAGUUAUUCGUGCAUGCAUGUGUAUUUAUAUUGGUAUAUAUGCACUUUGGCUUGUACCAUAAUAUCUAGGUUUGAAAUUCACUAUAUGUGUUGUCUCUGCAUUUUGGUGUUCUCAUGUUUAUAGGAAUUUCAACAUCUUAAAGAUAUUUUUGUU